UGCAAACCAAACCACCCUUUUCAAAACACAGUCCGGGUAUUUUUAGACUACACCAUACAAUAAAUGUGUCCGCGCGGACUUAAUACAAGAGCCUUAAUAACCCACUCGACACAUUUUACGGUUUUGCGGACGUGUCACUGAAUUAAAGCUGCCACAAUGUUGUUUAGGUUCGCAGUCAUUCUCACUCCGGAGUCUUUGGAUGUAAAGGUCUUUGUUUUGGGUUCGCGUGAGGAAAUGGGCCAAUGGGACUUGAGCGCAGCGGUUCCGAUGACAGCCUCUCAGAAGCUCCUGUCCACCCUUGAACCGUGUCUGUGGACCGGCGACAUGCAGCUGGCAGAGCCGUACGGAGACACUUUGUGGUUCAAGUUCGUCAAAAGAGUGAGAGGCACUUAUAUAUGGGAAGGUAGCAAUCCGAGCCAUGACAGGUGUUGUCGAUUUGAUGAGAAGAACAUAGUGGAUGGAGUUUACUGCCAUCCGAUUGGUCACUGGAUAGAGGAAACAGGACACACAGAUGAGAUGAAACACACCACCAACUUUUACUUCAGUGUGGCUGGUCAGAAUGCCAUUCAUUUCUCCAGGGUAUUGCCACGUAUUUGGCUGGGAAGCUGCCCUCGACAGGUGGAACAUGUGACCAUAAAGAUGAAGCAGGAAUUGGGGAUUACUGCAGUGAUGAACUUCCAGACAGAGUUGGACGUGGUAAACAACUCUAAUGGCUGCAGGCACGACCCAGGGGAAGCCAUGACUCCGGAGACGAUGAUGCGUCUGUACAAAGACUGUGGACUGCUGUACGUGUGGAUGCCCACUCCUGACAUGAGCACUGAGGGUCGCAUUAGGAUGCUUCCCCAGGCAGUGUAUCUGCUCCAUGGGCUCUUGGAAAAUGGUCACACUGUCUAUGUUCACUGUAAUGCUGGAGUGGGCAGGUCGACUGCAGCUGUGUGCGGCUUGCUCCUGUACGUCCUUGGCUGGAGUCUGAGGAAGGUGCAGUACUUCGUUGCAGCCAGAAGGCCGGCAGUGUACAUAGACGAGGAGGCUUUAGUCCAGGCUCAAACCGACUUCAUCCAGAAGUUUGGACAACUACGAUCAUCCAUCUCUUACCAAGAGACAUGAGAAUUGAAUUCGGUUGUACCAAAGUCUUGACAUUGCAGCCAAAUCUACAGGUAUCGAAAGCUCCACUGGACUAGACUCUUGGAAACGAUUCCUUACAAUGUGAAAGAAACACUGUAUAGUCAGCAAGAACAUUUACUUACUUUCACUUUGAUGUCAUUCAAGUAAAUGACCCACUUUAGAUAUUGAAAUCAAGUUGAUCCCUAAGUAUCUGGAGAGAGUUCUGCUGGCUGUCGGCAUGGAAGCAAUAAUCCUACUGUAAAAUAUCGUUAGUUUCAGGACACUAUUAGUAUUUAAAUGUCUGCAUGGUGUUGGAAAGACCUUUUCUUUUUGUAGUGAAAAAUACAUAGAGUUGGCAUUUUGAGAAGGCCCUUUUUAGCUGAUGGGUUGGACAGCAAUGUAUGAGAAUAAAUACAAUCAAAACAAUAUAUCAAUCAAUAUAUAACAGUAGCACUGUUUGCUCUCAUCCAAUGAGCUGUGAUUCUCAGUAAAGGAUUAGUCCACAUUGUUAUUGUGUAUCAAAUGAGAAAAUACCCUCUUUAAUUCGGAGGGGGAAAUGAUCAAUAAUAUCUUACUUUGAAAAGAGGUCUUAAUGUUUGGCACUUCAUGCCAAAGCAACAAAUCCAUUCCAAAACUCAAAUAAACGACAAUGCCUCUCCCGCUCCCACGCACACAUUGAAGCAUUCAGCUCCGCCCAUCUCUCUCAGAGAGCUUGAUGGCAUUUCAUCUUUAUUUAUUAAUCCGACAGAUGCUAUUCCGACCCAUCUCCAUCAAUAACAAAAACAACAUCUAGGCCAGACCAUUUGAAUGCAUACAUAAUAAGACAUUAUUGGAAUACUGUUUGUUGUCAAUUCUGAAUGUCUGCCUAGACUCCUAUUGAGGAUAUAUUGCUUUUUUGAAUACAGUGUUUUUGUUACCUGAUUUAAGACAUUUGGUGGAUUGGAAAGGAGAAAGGAGCUUUCUCAUCGAGCACAAUUCAUAUUCUCCUUUUUUCCAGUGAGUCCCUUCAGCAGACAGCACUUUUUGAGGCUUUCAGUGGUAAAACUAAUUAUCCAUGCAUGAGUGCCAGCUGAAGCAAAUCAUUUUCGAAAUGUUCUAAAAAUAGGAACAAAAACUGAAUAUGGAAUGAGUGACAUGAGACAUGUGAACUAUGAAUUACGCAAAACACCUUAACAUUAUUGACUCCUGAAUUGAACUCUACUAUGAAUUUGAGAUGAGUACGUAAGGGAUGUAUCAUGGCACAGUGUUGCUGAUCAGAUUGUGCUCCACAUCAUCAAAUCCCUUACUGCUGCAUGCAAGCCUUCCUUCCCCACUGUCAUAUCUAAUAAAGGCAGAAAAGGCUAAAAGAACAUAUCAUUGUGUGUUUAGCAGAACCCCUUGUCCGAUGGUGGACAAUGAUGACAUGGUUACUUGUUGCAGGAUGCAGACAAUAGGAAGAGAAAGAACAGGGUGCACAAAGUAUUUACAUUACAACAAAUAAAAUAUAUAUUCUUUGCCUAUAUAUAUCUAACCGUUCCCUAAUUUCAUCAAACAGUUUCAAAGGUUUUUCCAAUAAGAAGUCAGACACUGCGUCCAUGUCUUGCACAGGCUUAUUAAACGUCACUCUGCUUUAUUUAGAUGAUCUGUAAAAAAGGAUUAGCUGAGCAUUUUUUCAGCAAGGCACACUCACAGACAGACAUCUUUUCUUUACUUUCUGUAUUAGAUAAUCUCAUCUAAUCAUAGUCAGCCAGUCGAUUUCAUCUUUCGAACGUGAAUUGUGUUUUGUCCAAUAUGCUUUUGGUCCUCUGAGACCCAUGAUGGUGAUUUUAAUCAUGAAGUCUGCACUUUAAAUCUUAAACCAUUUGCCUUUGAUACAGUUCUGCUAGCUAGACCAGCCUGCAUUCAUUCAUCAUUGAGAGGAAAAGCUUUUUCACAUUCACAGACAGUCAUGAAGGCUCCAUAUUCAUCACGCCAGUCCAGGCACCCAUGGUUAAUUUACCUAAUAGAUUCCAAGUCCAGCUAUACCAUUUGCAUUGUGUCCAUCCAUCCAUCCAUCUUCUCCCGCUUAUCCGUGUUCGGGUCGCGGGGGUA